AUGGGGACGUCGGCCAUCGUGUGUGCGCUUCUCUCACUCGUCUUAUGGGUCUAUGCAGAUGUGGUAGAGCGCUUUGAGGAUGAGCCCGAAUGUCUGGAGUUUUUCUACAAAGAGAAAGUUCCUGUGUGGGGAGAAGCUACACCUGAUGCCGCUCGGCUCUGUCAGCGCUUCGCUAACAGGUACCACUUUGCCACUUUGUAUGACACCAAGCACCGCAUCGCUGUCUAUUCUGCCUAUUACUUCCAACCAAGUAACGGAGGAGGCAGAGAGCGGAGGUGGUUUGUUGAGCCUCAGUUGGUGAACAGCAGCUUGCAGUCUGAGAUGAAAGACGGGUACUGGCUGGGGAAGGACAACCCUGGGGUUUAUCUGGGAGAGAAACAGGCUCUGAACGAGGACUACACCCACUCCGGGUUUGACCGAGGGCACCUCAACCCCAACGGACACCACCCAGUCCCGAGCCGCAACGCCACCUUCACUCUUACCAACGUCAUUCCCCAAAACCCCAAACUGAACCAGAACUCCUGGAGGAUCCACGAGUCCCAGCUGACGGACCUCUUCAGAGCCAAUUGCUCCAAGGCCUUCGUCCUGGUCGGCGCCGUCCCGUCCGCGGAUCACUGGAUUGUCAAGAACGGUGUGAAGCGCGUCAACAUCCCGGACCGCAUCUGGAAUGCCUGGUGCUGCCUGGACAACAACGGACAUCCCAUCCAGAGCGGAGCAGCGGCGGCCAGAAACACGGAGGAGAACAAGGUGGAGAAGAUGACCCUGGAUGAAAUGGGAGAGUAUUUGCAGCAAUUCUCCAAUCAGCCAGUGGGGGCGCUGUUCUACAAUGACUGCAGGCCAUAG